UAGUGUAUGUAUCACACUGUAGUGACAGCUACGUCAAGUUACAUGACUUGCUCGUUUGCGGAGUUAAAACAGAUUACUUCAUUUACCAAUUGUUCAGAUCCUACAGUAAAUACUUGGAAAGCAAUUUACAAUAUUUUAGGAUGGGCGUAAUUUUCUUGGAACAUAUCGGAGGUACUCGCUUGUUCUCUUGCGCUUCCUGUGAUACCAAUCUUACAAACAGAGGUCAGCUGAUAAGCACGCGUUUUACGGGCGCUACAGGCCGUGCUUUUCUCUUUAACAAAGUCGUCAACUUAAAUUACAGCGAGGUACAGGAUAGAGUGAUGUUGACGGGUCGUCACAUGGUCCGAGAUGUCAGCUGCAAAAACUGUGAUGCUAAACUUGGGUGGGUGUAUGAAUUUGCAACAGACGAUAAUCAACGAUACAAGGAAGGCCGUGUCAUCCUGGAACGUGCUUUAGUCACAGAAAGCGAUGGAAUGGGCGACAAUAUUUAAUACUGUACAAG